CAUAACCGACGGUGAGUGGGAGACAAAGUAAGAGAGAGAGAGAGAGAGAGAGAGAAAAAUGGCUAUCCCAGUGCCCAGUAGACAGCUAUUCAUAGAUGGAGAGUGGAGAGUUCCGAUCCUAAACAACCGAAUUCCAAUCAUCAACCCCUCAACUGAAGACAUAAUAGGGUAUAUCCCAGCUGCUACUAAGGAAGAUGUUGACCUUGCAGUGGAUGCUGCUAGAAGCGCCCUAUCCAGGAACAAGGGCAGUGAUUGGUCAAAGGCUUCUGGCUCUGUUCGUGCUCGCUAUCUUCGAGCCAUCGCUGCAAAGGUAACGGAGAAAAAGAAUGAACUAGGAAAACUUGAAGCCCUUGAUUGUGGAAAACCACUGGAUGAAGCACUAGCGGACCUGGAUGAUGUUGCUGGUUGUUUUACCUACUAUGCUGAGCUUGCUGAAGGGUUGGAUGCAAAGCAAAAGGCUCCUGUAUCUCUUCCUAUGGAGACCUUCAAGAGUUAUGUUCUCAAAGAGCCCAUUGGGGUUGUUGCAUUAAUUACUCCAUGGAACUAUCCUCUCUUAAUGGCUUCAUGGAAAGUUGCUCCUGCUCUGGCUGCUGGUUGUACUGCAAUUUUGAAGCCAUCUGAAUUAGCAUCUGUGACUUGUUUGGAGCUGGCUGAAAUAUGCAGAGAAGUAGGCCUUCCUCCAGGUGUAUUAAAUAUUGUCACUGGAUUCGGCCAUGAAGCUGGUGCUCCUUUGGCAUCCCAUCCUGAUGUAGACAAGAUUUCCUUUACCGGAAGCUCUGUAACUGGGAGCAAGAUUAUGACAGCCGCAGCGCAGCUAAUCAAGCCUGUUUCACUGGAGCUUGGUGGAAAAAGCCCAAUUGUUGUUUUUGAGGAUGUUGACCUUGAUAAGGCUGCUGAAUGGACCAUCCUUGGCUGCUUCUUUACAAAUGGUCAGAUAUGCAGUGCAACAUCUCGCCUUAUUGUGCACGAAAGUAUAGCAGCAAAAUAUGUGAAUAGGCUUGUGGAAUGGAUCAAAAACAUCAAAAUUUCAGAUCCCUUGGAAGAAGGAUGCAAGCUAGGCCCUAUUGUUAGUGAAGGACAGUACAAAAAAGUAUUGAACUUUAUCUCAACUGCCAAGAGUGAGGGUGCAACAAUUUUGACCGGUGGAUCUCGCCCAAAGCAUUUAAAGAAGGGAUUCUAUGUUGAACCAACCAUCAUAACUGAUGUGACUACCUCAAUGAAAAUUUGGAGAGAAGAAGUUUUUGGACCUGUACUCUCUGUGAAAACAUUUAGUACUGAGGAAGAAGCUAUUGAACUAGCAAAUGACACCCACUACGGCCUAGGGUCUGCUGUAAUGUCAAAUGAUCUAGAAAGAUGUGAGCGCCUAUCUAAGGCUUUUCAAGCUGGGAUUGUAUGGAUCAAUUGUGCUCAACCAAGCUUCCUUCAAGCCCCAUGGGGAGGCGUUAAACGUAGUGGUUUUGGUCGUGAAUUAGGAGAAUGGGGACUUGAUAACUACUUGAGUGUGAAGCAAGUGACUAAGUACAUAUCUGAUGAACAAUGGGGCUGGUACCAGUCUCCUUCAAAGCUGUGAGAGUUUACCAUGUAAAGUGAUGAUCAAUUGGAGUUCUAAAAUCUGGCAUGGAAUAAGGUGUGGGCGACGCCAAGUACUGAUUAUGAUCUUAAGUUGAGAAAUCAUUGUAUGCUAUUAUGUAUAUGUAUGACAACAAAAUUGCUUCAUGAUCAUGUUAAUGCUGGUUGUGUUGAUUUUAUUUGAUUGGUGAUGGUGCCCCCACCAUAAGUUUCUAAUAUUUG